UCUAGCCUUUCUAGAUUUCGUACCACUCAAGUCGAAGCCGCGUCCGAGACAAUCCUUGCUCUGUUUCAAGAGAAGCGAAAACUGGGAAAGUUUGUAGUUUAGUGGUUUAGUACGUUGCAGUCUCUGCAAGGCGUAUUGCAGAAAGUUUCCUGCUCUCUUUGGAACAGCUUGUGGGUGCUUCAAGACAUGCGGCAUGCAGUUUCCACCAGAGCUGAGAGGUAGCCAGCCCUUUCUGACCUCAGGUUUUCAGCAGCCGGAGCAGCCCUGGGGUGCUCCAUCUACACUGCCUGUCACUCAUGGUCCACCAUCAAUGCCACCAACUGUGCCGGCAGCACCAGUGCAUAGCGGGUUUCCCUUGUCUGCCACGCCACCUGGUACACUUCCACCGUGGCCAUCAUCCUCCCCUCCGCUGGCGGCGUUCACCACUGCACCCACCCCAUGGGUGCAGACAGUGCCCGAUGCCAUGCCAUGGGGCACCUACCCGACUCCUACCGCUGGUGAACUACAGGUCAUGCGAUUUUCAGCUGGGGAGGCUCCCACAUGGGCCGUGAAUGAGCGGCGCUUCCGUAAACGGCACCUUCCUCCUUUACUGGGUGGUGGGUUCCCGCCGAGGAAGCAGAUCAUCACUGAGGAGAAGAUUGCGGCACAGAUGAGUGACCUCAGCCUGGACGGUAUGGUGGCCAGCAGCAGCAGUGUCGAGGCGACGGAGGAGGAGAAGCGGCUGCACGUUCUCUACCCUGACCUGGAACCCUCGCCCGAGCCACUGCUGCCACGGCCUGUGCUCGAGGACCUCCGCAAGCGGACAUCCAUGGCCGUGGUGCUAUGGCAGCCCCCCCUGGGGCACCCCUCCGUCCAGGAUGGAAAAAGUAAGGAGAGCAGCUCGGACGCCCAAGAACAAGAAUUGGGGAAAACAAAGAGAGAAGAACAGGAGGACACCAACAUGGAUCUAUGACAGCCAUUGCCGCUCCUGGAGAAACCUUGUGGCAUACCAGCGGCGACAUGCUCUGGUCUUGCCUUGACAGGUGUAGCAUGGCAAGGCUUUUGCAAGCCAGUCACCACACAUACAACAAGCCAACAGCAUACAUCAUCACCUUUAAUUACUGGCACAAGUUGUUGAAGCCAUGACAGCAUACUGCCAACCUGCUUGGUGCAAGGAAAGGCACUUAAAUUCAGGUGUACUGACUAAACAUUGCACGCAAAAAAAGGAAUAAAA